CGCCGGGGGCGGGCUGAGCAACGGCCACCAUCGCCGCUGAGUGGCGGGCGGGUCACGCGGUGCGGGCGCGAGGGCCGGGACUGCCGUUGCUGUUGCUGUUGUGGUUGGCGCCGCCGUGCGCUCGGUGGCGCGCGGGCGCGCGAGAACAUUUUCCCACAUUUCUAUGGUUUUGAAUUCAAACAGAAGACUAGAAAUUGGAUUAAUCUUCACAUUUCUUUGAAUAAGAAGUAAUAAUGCAACGGAGACAGGGAAGAGUCAAUGCUGGACUGCUUUUGCUGCUUUAUCAGAUUUCUCAAGUUGGACUCCAGAACAUUCCUUCUGUUACCCUUGGGGUACUUGCACUGAAUAUUUUUCUCUUUCUGAAUCCUGUGAGGCCACUGUCUGAAGUGUGUAUCAGUGUAAAUGAAGCCUUCUACAGAAGGAACUGGCAGCGUUUACUGCUUUCUCCUGUCCACCAUGCAGAUGACUGGCAUUUAUAUUAUAACAUGAUUUCCAUGCUUUGGAAGGGGAUAAUGCUGGAAAAAAAGCUUAAGAGCAUAUGGUUUGCAUACAUAGUUGCAGUAUUUUCAGUGCUGAUUGGAGUUGUUUAUAUGGUGCUGGAAUUCAUGCUUGUGAAAAUUCUGGAUGAUCCUUCGUAUGAAAUGCAUUGUGCUGUAGGUUUUUCAGGAGUCUUGUUUGCUUUGAAAGUUCUUAACAACCAUUACAAUCCAGGAAGAGUCAGCAGUGUCCUUGGAUUGCAGAUAUCCAGUAAAUAUGCUUGUUGGGUGGAGCUGGUGGCUAUUCAUUUAAUCUCCCCAGGGACUUCUUUUGCUGGGCAUCUGGCAGGAAUUCUUGUUGGAUUGAUGUACACUAUGGGACCUCUGAAAAAGAUCAUGAAAGCCUGUGCAGGUGGCAUUUCUGCAUUUACAGACCCUGCCAGGCCACGGGACUACUAUUCAGAGUAUUAUGGUUAUCCAGGUUAUCAGUACAGAACACCGAGGAGCUAUUACGAUUAUACAGGUGGGCUUACUGAAGAAGAACAGCUUGAAAGGGCAGUGCUAAACAGUCUUAAUGAAAGAGAUUUUGGUGGAGCAACAUACAAUAAUGAGUGGCGACCCUAUGGUUUUUGGUUUCCACCUGAGCAGCAUUCAGAAGAGGAAAUAAGAAGGCAAAGGCUUCGUAGGUUUGAGAGACGGUGAAAUUGGCAGGUGUUGAUGUAAAUUGUAAAGUCCUAUUCAGAGUUGCCAAAAUAUUUGCAGAUUUAUUUUUAAUAUACAGAUUCACUGUAAUACUUUUUCCACUUUUUUACUACUAGUUGCAAAACUGCAGAUCAUUUUCUGAGUUCAGGCUCAUAAUUGGAACUUGCAUAAAAAGUGUGAGAUGGGAAUCAAAAUGUGAUCUUUGGCAGUCUCCAUCUCAAUGUACCUUAAAUAUGGAAGAAGGCUGAUGGUUUUACCAAAGUCUUUUUUCUUAAGUUCAUUUGUGUAGCUUAAAGAAUUCCUUGACUUUUUGACUGAUGGUAUUAUCAGACAACAGGUUUUCUUCAUCUAUCACAGAUGAAAAAAAAAAAAAAAAUAUCACUUUUUUUUAAACAAUUGUAAAACUAUGCAAUUUUUCCUUACAAACUUAUUUCUAUCUAUGAUGACCAACUGUUUUUGGGAUUGGCAUUUGAAAUGUCACUUGAAAAGAUUGCUUUGAUGACAACAGCUAGAUCAUAUGAGUCUAGGCUUAAGCUCUUCAGCAGUCUUGCAAACUGUGUGAAAAAUAGUUGCAGCUAUCCUUACCCUAAGGAGUUAUUUAAUACAACCUUUAGUGUUACAGUCUUCCUUAAAACAUGCUAUUUUAUCUAGAGCUUAUAUGUGAUAAAAAUGAGUUAUAACUA